CUUUCACAGAAGUGAAACUACGCUUGCUUGUGUUGCAUAACGCGCGACGCAACCAAACGGCAGAAAUUAUAUAGCGUUGCAGUCUUCGCUUGCAACUUCAAGAUCCGAACUGAGUGAAAUGUUGGGAGCUUUCUCGCAGAUUUCCACUGCGAAGCCUCUCCUUAUUUCAUCAUCAUCUUCUUCUUCUCUUUCGUCUCCCUCGGGGAAGGGAAGGUGCUUGAAUACUUCGUCCCGAAACUUCCCUCUCGCGAGCAGAAUCUUCGUCAGGAAUCUUUCAUACUCCAUUAGUGAAGCCUCACUUAUCAAAUUAUUCUCAAGGUUCGGGCAUAUUAUUGAUAUUGAGAUUCCACGACAUGAAGAAUCCAAACAUUCAAAAGGUUAUGCAUUCAUACAAUACUGUAGCCAGGAAGAUGCCAUUCUAGCUGUAGAAGAGAUAGAUCGCAAGUGGAUCAAUGGAAGACUUGUUUAUGCGGAGAUAGCAAAACCCUUGCAUGGUAUUGCUUAUCCAAAGACCUCAGGCCCUCCUUUACAGCAGAGUUCUGUAUCAAAUGAAUCAAGAAAUUAGGAGGAAGAGGCUGCACAGAGGUAUUGCUUUUUGCUCAAAUUUUGAUGUAGCUAGGUGACAAAAACUUGCUGGAUGGUUUCUUACAAUCUCUUAUAAAAAUUUUAUGUUUUGAAUUUUGGCUGUUUUCUUGCCCGGUGUUCUGAAAGGAUAAGGAUCUGUAGUGGAGUAUGUUAGACUAGUCUAUUGGACCGGUCCAACCGGUCUACACGGGACCGGCCCAGCGCAAUAGAGGUGGAAUUUCUCCGCCUCCUGUGCAUGCCACGAGAUCAGCGGGGGCUUUUUUGGAAGGUUUUUUUGAGGGAAUUGCGAGGGAAUUUUGAAUGUAGGGACUGUUUAGGGAUUUCCUUUUGAUUUAUAUGCAUUAAAUAGUUUGUUUUCCUAGGGUUAGGGCAUCUUGAAUUUGGUUGAAAUUUGAGAUCUCCUAAAUUUAGGUUUUCUUU